ACGCCUAGUGACACGCACUUGAAUUUGCAGAGAAUGUAAAUGCACAUAAAACGGCUCUGUUUCAUCGACAUGCAUAUUGUAUCCAACUACCCUACAUCACAUCCGCUAAGUAACUUCGCUGGCUAUACUACCCGGAACAGAAAACGGCAUCGUUUGUGGAGUUGUGACAUCUAAGACUUUCCCAGUGAUUCGUGUACUGAGGAGGGGGUGAGAGGACAGCAAUGGCAGGGAAGGCUGCAGAUCCAUUCUCCAUAGAUGCUGGGGAGCAACCCGCCAUGAGUGUAGCUGGAAAACAUUGGUUGCCCAGAGGGUUGUCAGGAAGUGUGGCUAAGGAGUGGUUUGAGCGGCGUCGCAUGGCAAUACGGCCGUGGGCGGGGUUUGUCGACCAGCGCAGGUUCUCCAAGCCUCGCAACUUCGGAGAGCUCUGCCAGAGAGUGGUGCGCAACCUGGACACUUACCACAGCAACUACACCUUCAUCUUCCUGGGGCUCAUCCUCUACUGCAUCAUCAGCUCCCCCAUGCUGCUCCUAGCCCUGGCUGUGUUCGUAGGUGCAUUCUACAUCAUCCAUCUCAAGUCUUUGGAGUCCAAGCUGGUCCUGUUCGGGAGAGAGGUUACGGGAGUGCACCAGCUCUCGCUGGCCGGAGCCAUGUCCUCUCCCGUCUUCUGGUUGGCUGGAGCGGGAACAGCGGUCUUCUGGGUGCUGGGGGCUACUCUGGCUGUGAUUGGCUCCCAUGCUGCUUUCCGGGAGAUGGAUGGCGCAAUGGAGGAGGAGCUCAUGAUGGAGCCCGUCUAACCUUUGACCUGUUUGCCUUAACUUCUCAUACCACAGUAUAUUCCUUGUCUAUCUAAUAGUAUUAUUCAAUCAGUCAUACUCUGUUAAGUAAAAUGUAUCGAUUAGCUCAACACUCGACUGAAUGAUAUACAUACGGAAUGGCUCUCAUUGAUUAGUGCAGUACAGUACAGUACAGCCUGGCUUCCAUCCAUUACGUGGAAAAUACUAUGUAUUUUCUUGCAAAAUAUGAUAUGCCUCCCAGAACAUUUAUCGAUAAACUACAAGUGUGGAAGUGUAUAGUGCUUUUAACCCGACGUGGAAAAUCCAGGUUUAGAAAGCAAAAGUCCUUUAUGAUAUUUUGUUCCAAUCAACUGGAUUUGCUAAUUAGCAUGAUUCUUCAGCCAGGAGGCACAAAUAAUGAGUGAAAUCAGCUGGCUGAGUUCAUGUGUGGAAGAAAUGCAUUGGCAGGACUUUUACUUUCUGACCCCUGGAAUUUCGACCUCUGCUUUUAACAAAGGUACUGAGGUAUAAAUCACAUAGAGUCAACCAAACUGCAUUACACAUGAAAUGCAUACACAGAAUUGUAUAUUUCAGAUUUAUGCAACUGAAAUACUACCUAUCCCUUUGUACUGAGGGACAGAGGCAGACCGGUACAUGUUUAAAUAGAGUCUUUUCUGCUAUGUAUAAAUGAGUUUAUGUCUACCCCUGGCUUUGUCAGAAUUGGCUGUGCUUUAAGUAAUUAGAUGCCUUGAUCAACAAGGGCAUUAUGAACAGCUCGAUGUAGUCAGCAUGUUUCUUCAAUCAUUAUUUUUUAUGUUUGUUUUUUCUAUAUUGUUCUUUUUACACUAAAGUUCUUUCUAUUUAUAUUGGUUAUACUGGUAUGUAUUGUUGGCUGUUACAGUGUUUAAGUUCUGUAUGUUUUUAUAUUGACCAUAGGGAAGUGCAAUAAACAUGGUUGGCCUGUUAGCUUC